AUGGUGACCAACACACCUUCCGUCGAAAAAUCGCUACAUGACCUUGACGUCAAAGGCCAAGACAUUGAACACCGGGAGGACAAUCCCGAUGCCACUGGCUCGUCGCCACCUGACAGUGUAUCCGUGGAUCUCGAGUACAAGGACGAGAACGAAGAGCCUGUCCUCCACCGACGCACCUACUUUGCGCUUCUCGCACUUUUCCUUCUCAACUAUACGCAGGUGGUGGCCUUGAACGGACCUCCAUCGGUGCUCACGUAUCUGGGCAAGGAUGUCGACGGUGUUGCAGACCAGACUUGGGUUCCUAAUGCUUUGUCCCUUGUUCAAGCCGUCGGUGGGCCGGUCAUUUCUUUCGCUUCCGAUACUUUUCAAGCGCGCAAGACUCUCUUGGUGGCCACUUGCACGGUCUCCUUUAUUGGCGCGGCUAUCGCUCCUGGAGCAAAGGACAUCUAUCGUGUUAUUGUAGCCCAAAUCCUCAUUGGUGUGGGCUUUGCUGCCGUCCCCUUGGCUUACGCCAUUCCAUCCGAGAUCCUGCCACGCAAGUGGAGACCUCUGGCGCAGUCCCUCAUGAACGUUGCUGCCUCUCUCGGCGCAGCAUCGGCACCGCUUAUUGCAGGAGCUCUCACCGAAAAGUCGACUCACAGUGGCUGGCGAAACUUCUAUUGGAUCCAGAUGGCCAUGUGGGGAUUGACCGUCAUUGGCCUGCUCGUCGGAUAUCGCCCUCCCAAGCGCCACUCGGGACUGGACCACUUGUCGUUGUGGCAGAAGAUCGGUCGUCUCGAUCUCCCUGGCAUGGCACUCCUCAGUGGCGGAGUGACCUUGCUUUUGGUCGGGCUCUCGCUCGGUGACAACCCAUGGCCAUGGACAAGUGCUCGUGUCAUGUCUACCCUGGUCAUCGGCAUUGCAUUGUUGAUCGCCUUUGGCCUUUACGAAUGGAAAGGAACCAAGGUUGGGAUUCUGCAUCACGACCUGUUCGAAAGGAGAACUUUCCCUCUCUGUGUCGCCCUCAUGUUCUGUGAAGGUGUCAUGCUGUUCUCCAUAAUCUUGUUCUAUCCUGCCGUAACAGAGGCUCUUUUCGAAACCGACCCCUUCCUUUCAGCCGCACGCCAGAUCACAUUUUGGCUGUGCAGCGGUGCAGCGACUGUCGUUUAUGGAUUCUGGAGCUCCAAGCGCCGUACAAUCAGAAGUCCCCUUAUUGUCGGCUUUACCAUCUUCGCCGCUGGACUCGUCGGAAUGGCCACAAUUCAGCCGGGACAGUCUACGAACGCCAUUGUCUUUGAUGGACUGGCGGGAAUUGGCUUUGCGGCACCUCUCAUUCUCCUGAUUGCGGGCGUGCAGCUGUCAACACCCCACCACUUGAUCGCAACGGCCACCGCAGUCCUCACUUCGAGUCGCGCCGUCGCUGCUUCCGUUUUCACGGCCAUUUAUAGCGCCACUGUGAACAGCGCGACCAGCGUCAAGCUUCCCAAACACGUUGCUGCAGCCGCCAUCGCUGCUGGUCUGCCGCCCCAAUACGUAACGGAGUUUGUUGGCGACCUCCUCAGCGAGAAUUCUACGGCGCUCGAGUCGAUCCCCGGUGUCACACCCGCAAUUAUCCAAGCUGGUGCGGGCGGUGUUUUGCAAGGUUUGGCAGACAGCUUCCGCCUCGUCUAUAUCAUUGCCGCGCCGUUUGGCGUUCUGGCCUGCGUUCUGGCCUACUUCCUGGACGACCUCACGAAGCUUAUGAACUACCGCGUCGAUGCUCCAGUCGAGGAGCUUCACGCUAGGCACAAGGCCGAGGAGACCACCGCAUGA